UGCAAUUUUGGUACUAUAUAACGAUAAGUGUAUAAUAAAUAUAAUAUUUAAUAUUUUUUUGAAACGGUUUUGUGAACGAAACGUAGAACUAAGUGACUUUAAAAAUGAGUUUGAUGAUAUGCUUGUUCUCGUACAAGAAUCUUGUGUUUCUGUUUUAUCGUUAGUCAUGUUUUAGUUGACCAGUAGAGGUAUCUUUGCUUUUUGUUGUGAAUCAAACAGGUUAGGAGAUAAACGCUUUAAAUACGGAAGCUCAGAUAGCAACAAACGACUGCAAAGAUCGUGAUUAAAGAACGUGAAUGAGAAACUUAGAAGGCGAUUAAAAUGAAAUUAUAAAUCGAGGUACCUAGAGUGUUAUUUCGAGGAAAUCCACGACAACCAAAUCAUAAUCGCGUGUCUGUGGAAGUAGCUGACUGGCGAUGGGCUCGUUGGUGAUUAUCAAGAGUUAUCAUGUGACCGUCAAGAUAAGGAAACCUUAAUAAAACCGGCAGCGAACUCCAAACAAUUGACGGAAGUUGCACGUAUAUGUAUAUAUGUAUAUUUAUACACAUAUGGUAUGUUGUGUAUACAAUACAUACAUAAUAUUAUAUCGUAGUAAAUACCUACCUGACUGAGAAGUGGAAAGCAACAUCGUCGCUAGUGUCUAGUCAUUACAUACUACUUUUAUAUACCAGUUGUUCUGACCAGUCGGCAGUCUACGUUGAUCAUUGUCGUUGUAGAAGUCGAGUGAACAGUUACUAGAUUCUAAUUCACAGUACAGUGUAGUCGCGUUCUUUAACAUAAAAUGAUCGGGCCUAAAGCGAAUAGUAACAUGGGAUAAUAAUAAAAAAAGUGACAAAGUUUGUUUAGUUUAUUGUGUUUAUUAAAAUAUAAAUACAUAAUAUUCAGAUGAAGGGUGCGCCGGAUAUGGCUGCAGUGGAUGUGGUCGAUUUUCCGCCUAAGGAGCUCGUUCAGAAAAAGGCGUCGACACUCGGAAUUCUUCAGAGCGAGAUGCCUUGCAAGAGACCGAAAGACUGUGGGAAGAAAGUGAUCAAAGCGGUUUUCAAUAAACUGAGGUUGAAAAAAUUCGGAAGUGCAACGAUUUCUAGACCGGACCCCGUUUACAAAGUUUCGUACUUGGGAAAUGUGGUCACUGGGUGGGCUAAAGGAGAGGGAUGUAUCGAGAAGCCCUUAACUACUCUUUGGAGAAACUACACCCAGUCAUCUAGACCUGACGUUCAAAUGCAACUAAGUGUCAGUGGCGGUGGCCUGAAGGCAACAACGAAAGAUCAUGGUCUAACGGAAUAUUGGGCAAACCGUUUGACAUUUUGUUCUGCCCCAUCACACUUUCCCCGAAUCUUCUGUUGGGUUUACAGACACGAAGGCAGAAAAUUAAGGCACGAACUUCGUUGUCAUGCAGUUCUUUGUUCCAGUGCUACUGCAGCUAAACAAAUUGAAGAGCAAUUGAAAGCAUCGCUAGCUCUUGCCUUGGCUGAGUUCAAGAAAGACAAAAUCUUUCGUCAGAAUGCUCGAUUAUCUCUUCUUAAUGCUCUGUAUGAAUAUCCAACAAUACCCAGGCGAAAAAUCUUAUUAAGUUCCGGCUCAUAUAACUAUAAACCUCCACUGGAACGUUCAAAAUCAGCUCCUAAACUUACAAUAAUCGAGGAAAACGCCGAAGAACAAGAUGAGGUAGGUGACUAUAGGCGUAGGAACUUGUUCCAGUCUUUCAGUGUGCCCUCUCCUCGAAAUUCCAUCCAAGAAGAAAAUUUAUUUACUCAGGAUGCUAGUCAAGAACAACAGAUCUGUGAUGUGAAUCUUAAAAAUUCUCUUACAAAUACUCAAGUGGAAAAUGCAAAAGAUCAGUUAGAAGAAUUAGAAAAGAAUAUUUUAGUGUUAGGAAACUUACUGCAUGAUAGCUUAACUAAAGAACUGAUGGAAUCCUGCGAGGAAAAGUGCGAGAGGACGUGGUUUACGAAUUUCAACGAAACCGAUAUUUUACCCGUCGAUAGUGAUGAGGGUUCGUUGUCAAGCGGCUGUGAAACCAGUAGUACGGUCACUUCCGAAGCUGAACCAGCGCAUUUCAGCACGAUCAUCGAAGUGGAAGAGGAUAAGAUCGUCUAUUCGGAGGACGAUUACAAUAAAAAUUGCAUCAAGACUGAACUGGACUUUAAAGUAGGUGGAAGUGUGUCGAAUUGUGUGCGCAGUUUCGAUCAACUUACGGACACAAAUAUCCGGAAAUAUUGCUGGAUGAACAGUGUAAAUAAUAAUGGUGUUGGAAGUGGUGGUAUUCUGAAUAACGACCAAGUGUCCCUUAUACCACUCGGCGAAUGUCACGCUGACUUUAGUUCGUUAAAAGUGUUCAAACGGAGACAUUCCGAUAAUGCCAUUUCGGAAAACGGACUUUACGAAAUAAGGAUAAACGGUGACGAUAAAGAAGACGAUAAAACUUGUGAUUAUAAUGACGAGGGUUACGAUGAGGCAUUAGAUAGUCCUAACUCUGUUACAAAUGUGGUUUUAAUUUAAAGAGCGCGAAAUGUAUUCACAUGUAUAUAUGUUAUAUAAAUGCUGUCCAUAUUAUAUAUGUACCACAAAAGUAUUUUACCGAACAAUUUAUUUUCAGUGAAAGUACAAAACUAUAAUAUUUUAAUGAUAUUUUUGUUAAUAGAAAAUAUUAAGAGACCCUAUGUUUUCAAAUAAUAAUACGUAUUUGAUUGAUUGACGGAUUUGUCAAGUUAAAGUACAUAGAAACGUUGGCAAUAGUAACUUUGUAAAUUUAUGUAUAAUAAUGUAACGAACUGAAAGUUGUUGUUUU